AUGGGUGGAGUUAGAGGUAAGCACGUGAACUCACGUAUAACAAAAAUUCUCAAAACCAUUUCAAUACCAAAAAUAAUGGGGCUUCAAAUCGGAAAACUAAAAUUUGAAUGUUGCUCGUUACGAAAUAAUAUUGUUUUAGCUGUUGCCCUUCUUGCACUCGCUGGUGUUGUUGGAUUAACACUUCUUGUGUUAGGAUGUGCUCUUCCAAUGUAUGGGUAAGUCAUUUUUAUUAGUUUCCAUACUGAAGUAUUUAUUUUUAUACUAAAAUGAUGAUUAAAUAUUUACAGAGUUUGGUCACCGAUGUUUGUUAUCACAUUCUAUGUGCUGGCUCCAGUUCCACUUUUGAUUGCUCGACGAUUCCAAGAAGAUAUGACCGGAACAAAUGCAUGUAUUGAAUUGGCUUUGUUCCUCACAACUGGUAUUGUUGUAUCUGCUUUUGCCUUACCAACAGUUCUCGCCCAUGCUGGAACAGUAAGUCUAUCUAAAAAUAAUAAAAAUCAUUUUGAAUGUUGUUUGCAUGUCUGCAGAUCAAAACUGGCGCUGCAGUUUUAGUGAAUAUCGGAAGUCUUGUUAUGUUCGGAACGAUUAUUGCUUAUUUCCGUGUUCAUAGCGAUGAAGAUAGUGGAAGUUGGAGUCAAUCACUUUUCUAGAAUCGUAUGUGUUGUGUUUUUAAAGUUUCUGUGGUGCGUUUUUUAUUGAUUGUUUAUUGAGAACACUGGAUGACUAUUGGUUUUGAAACAAAGAAAUAAUUUCUGAAUUUGGACUAAAAAGUUCACGUUCACGUAAGUAGGAUUUCCAUUUUUUUUUUGAUUUUUAGUCAUUUUCAAUAAAAAAUUAUUGAAAACUACCCCCAGGAUACGUAUUUCCGUUCUAUUCAUUCAAUUGAUCAAAAAACAUUAAAAAAAUUCAUAAUUGAUAGUCAUCCUGUGUCAAAAAAUGCACGAAAAAUUCAUGUUGUUCCCCCAAAAAGUUUUAUUAUUAUUAUGAAAACAGAUAUAUCUAAUGAAAACACAUCUAGUUGUAGAGCAAAAAAAAUAGACAGAUGUUUUUCGUCAUAUUCCAUUAAUUUUUAUUGAUAGUGAAUGAACACUGUUUUUCGUUCGUCAAAGUCCUUUACUUAACCAAUGAUGAGUGUUUUUGCAGAUCCACAAAUCGGCAUGCUUCUUCGUGUUUCUGGCCAACUUUGUAAAUUUCGGCGCCAUAAUUCUCUACUUCCGCGUUUUCAACGGUGAUGAUAUGAACGAAAUGUCACUUUGGUAA